UUGCCAUGACGCCAAUCCGGUCUCCUGUCGUUUCUCUGUCUGGCUUUUCAUCUGUCUGUCGCACAAACUGUUCGAUGAUAUUGCCUUAAAGAAACCUCGUCCUGAUUCAUUCGCCUCACUAGUUGCCAGCGUUCAUCACGAUUCUUUCGAUUUUGGUUUGCUAAAGCUUAAAGAUAAAGAUUUUGAUAAAAAUGAGUUGUACUGUUUGGUGGGAAGGAGCUGAGAAGACAAGGGUUCUCAUUGCCUCAGAUUCAGGAUGUGGCGGAAACAAACCUGGAGAACUAUUAACACUUCGCCAUCCAAAAUCAGAAAAUGGAACAUGCUAUCUUUUUAGUAAUGGAGUGCUUCAAGAAAUUCAAUGGUUUAAGCAGCCAUAUGGUUCUUGGUUCCUGGGAGAUUACAUUUCUCAAGAUGGAAGCUUAUAUAUGGCCACUCCCGUUGAUCCUGUUUUCAUCUUGUUGCCUAUUUUCGACGAAGCAAGAAUGAUGAAAGGUGAAGAUGCUGGAAAGUUCAGGCAACUGGAUGAGAUUUUAUUUGUGGAAGGAUAUCCUGAAUAUCAACAUUUACUGUUACUUGCAGAGAAGUGUAUGGAGAUCGUUUGUCAAACUCAAGAAGUUGGAUCUAUGAAGUUCUAUCGGCUUGAUAACUCGAAAUUUUUAGCUUGGUUGACUUGUAAGGUGCGCUGUCUAAAGAAGACUCUUCCGGAACUGGACAAGAACUAUGCAGCUCAAGAUGAGAAACAAACAUUGGUGGAUGCAGUUUCAAUUGUGGGAGAGUACCUGAAGACAGAUCCUUGGUUAAAGCUCCUCUAUGAUCAUCUUGGACUUGAGUUUGUUGACCCAACGGUGAAAGAAACCAAUACAGAGAACUCUCCAAAUGCAAAUGAGAAUAAGAUGGAAUACUCAAAUUCAUUACAGGAGAAGGAAAACAAGAAGACAGGAAAACCUGGAAAGCAGACAAAGCAAGCAAAGGUAGAGACUGGAUCAAAGAACAUAAGAGAUAUGUUUUCAAGGGCUUGUAAGAAAAAACGCUGAAAUGUGUGAAACUAUACAACUAUUAAUGAUUGUUUCUUUUUCAAGCUAUCA